UGCCAAGCACUUAUGUAAGGAGAUACAAACCCGAAACCCUCAAAAGUAUGGGGAAUCGCUUAACUCUCCAAGGAAAGGUUGUGAGGAUCAUAAAGAAAGAUGGCAAAGUCCUUGAAUACAGAACUCCAUUGAGAGUCCACCAAGUCCUGUCAGAUUUCGAGGGCCAACACGCUAUAUCUGAGGGGAUUCCGGAGAAGGAGUAUCUCCGGCUGGACUCCAUGCUGGUGGGUGGCCGCUCAUACUACUUGGUUCCUCUCGCGAGACCCGUAAAGAUGGAGAAGAAGAAGAAGAAGAAGAAGGUAAGGUUCGCGGAUCAACUAGAGACGGAAGGAGGGACAGGAGGCGCUGUGGUUCGGGUGAAGCUGUUAAUCAGUAGAAGGGAACUACAGGAGCUGCUAGAGAGAGGAGCUGUUUCAGUUUCUCGGUUUAGUGAAGCCAGUGCAGUCUGCAGGGGCAAUUCUUCUGAAGAGUGGAAGCCUGUCUUAGAGCAUAUCCCUGAAGGGAACUAGCAAUUCCUCGUCCGUAUUAAGGAACGGAAAUAUCCGACACCGUGAAAAUUAAACAUGGGCUGUGUUUUGUAGGUGAAACGAACUCCGUUUCCAUUUCAUUCUUUCGUACCAAAUGUGAUAUGAGAGAAUAUUGUCUGUUCUAUCUCUCACAUAGAAAAGAUAUACGGAUAUAGUUUGUCAAGAAAAUAUACCGAAUGUAGAAUGAAACUUAGGAGAGAAAAGCUUUCGUCUUA